AAGAGCACUUCUCUGGAGGACCGGGCCUCAUAAUACCAUAAAAGGCUGGUUCUCUCAAUUCUGAAGCCAUGUUCUGGUGACCUUCCUUUAGGAGCGCUCCCCGCGACUGCACUGUGCGAAACCCUUAGUUUUCGAGUCCCAUCUCUGCUUCCUAGGCCCUUUCAUUGGCUCCGCCCCCAUAAGCCUUACUGGUCCACUCUCAGAACGCCCUCCUGGUUACAGACCGCACCCACUCGCCUCGGCUCCGCCUCACCAGCCCGUAGCUUGGCCCAGGCGGUAGUUCGCGUUUUGAGCCGCUCGUGCCACCAUAGCUGCUGCUGCCGCUGCUGCUGCGGAGCCGAAAUCGCCGAGCGCGAUGCCUGAGGGCGCUGUGAGCGGGGUGCCCCCCGCGCCCUGGGGCUGGUGAGGCUGAGCCCGAGCGGGGGCGCUGGCGAGUUGCUGGGGCUGCUGAGGGAGGUGAAAGAGUAGGGUCCAGGGCCCCUGCUGAGGGCGGAGAGCGAGCUCCCGAGGGUCGGGGGUGGGGGAGGGAGGCUCCCGUGGCAGAACGGGUUGCCGGGCCACUGCGAACCCCGCCGCGCUGAGUGUCCCUGCGGCCGCCAGCUCAGGUGUCCAAGCCCUGGGCGGACUCCUCGGUGGCCUCGGCGGCCUCCUUCUUUAGACACUGCAGUUGCCAUGGAAACAGUUGGGAAUUAACGGGGAGCAGACCAACCACAAGCCCUGCUAGGGCCAAUCCCAUCCCUCUGGCUGAAUGCCUCUGGCAGGCGUGGGCCUGGUAUUUCUUUGCAGCUCAGGCCUUUUUUCCCCCUCUUUUUCAUGGGUUUGUCCUUCAGACGUAAGAAACCGCGCAGGGCUUGAAGGCAGGUGUGAGGAGCAGGGAGAGGGUAAUGCCUAGAGAUAAGAGCUGCAGACACGGCUAGGCAGAAGGUAAGGUGGCCUCUGCCAUCUCAGGUCAGUGGGAGGGCAUACUGGAAGGACCUGUGGAGUGGGAAGGCAUUGCCGCUUUUGAGACAAGUUCCAAGAUUGGGCCAGGAUCUGUCCCCGGGGGCUCCUCAUCAUGAUGGCUGUGGAAGGGUCAACCAUUACCAGCCGAAUCAAGAACCUGCUGCGAUCCCCAUCCAUCAAAUUACGCAGGAGUAAGGCAGGAAACCGGCGGGAGGAUCUCAGCUCCAAGGUGACCUUGGAGAAGGUGCUUGGAAUAACAGUGUCUGGAGGCAGAGGACUUGCCUGUGACCCUCGAUCGGGUUUAGUUGCCUACCCAGCAGGGUGUGUGGUCGUGCUGUUCAAUCCCCGGAAACACAAACAGCACCACAUCCUCAACAGUUCCAGGAAAACCAUCACUGCGCUUGCCUUCUCUCCCGAUGGCAAGUACUUGGUCACCGGAGAGAGUGGGCACAUGCCUGCCGUGCGUGUCUGGGACGUGGCCGAGCAGAGCCAGGUGGCGGAGCUGCAGGAGCAUAAGUACGGGGUGGCUUGUGUGGCCUUCUCCCCCAGCGCCAAGUACAUCGUCUCCGUGGGCUACCAGCAUGACAUGAUUGUCAACGUCUGGGCCUGGAAGAAAAACAUUGUGGUGGCCUCCAACAAGGUGUCCAGUCGGGUGACAGCGGUGUCCUUCUCGGAAGAUUGCAGCUACUUCGUCACCGCAGGCAACCGGCACAUCAAAUUCUGGUACCUCGAUGACAGUAAGACCUCAAAGGUGAAUGCCACCGUGCCUCUGCUGGGUCGCUCGGGGCUGCUGGGGGAGCUGCGCAACAACCUGUUCACCGACGUGGCCUGUGGCCGAGGGAAGAAGGCUGACAGCACCUUCUGCAUCACGUCCUCAGGGUUGCUGUGCGAGUUCAGCGACAGGAGGCUUUUGGAUAAGUGGGUGGAGCUGAGAACCACUGUGGCCCAUUGUAUUUCUGUGAGCCAAGACUACAUCUUCUGUGGCUGUGCCGAUGGCACCGUGCGCCUGUUCAACCCCUCUAACCUGCACUUCCUCAGCACGCUGCCCCGGCCCCACGCCCUGGGCACUGACAUUGCCAGCGUCACUGAGGCCAGUCGCCUCUUCUCUGGAGUGGCCAAUGCCAAGUAUCCAGACACCAUUGCUUUGACCUUUGAUCCUACGAAUCAGUGGCUGUCUUGUGUAUACAACGACCACAGCAUUUAUGUUUGGGAUGUGAGGGACCCCAAGAAAGUAGGCAAGGUGUACUCAGCUCUGUAUCAUUCCUCCUGCGUCUGGAGUGUGGAGGUCUACCCUGAAGUGAAGGACAGUAACCAGGCCUGCCUGCCUCCAAGUUCCUUUAUUACCUGUUCCUCGGACAAUACCAUCCGGCUGUGGAACACAGAGAGCUCUGGGGUGCACGGCUCCACCCUGCACCGAAACAUCCUCAGCAAUGACCUCAUUAAGAUCAUCUAUGUGGAUGGGAACACUCAGGCCCUGCUGGACACGGAGCUGCCCGGAGGAGACAAGGCUGAUGGGUCCCUGAUGGACCCCCGUGUGGGCAUCCGCUCUGUGUGUAUCAGCCCCAAUGGACAGCAUCUAGCCUCUGGGGACCGUGUAGGCACGCUUAGGGUGCACGAGCUGCAGUCCCUGAGCGAGAUGCUGAAGGUGGAGGCCCAUGACUCAGAGAUCCUCUGCCUGGAGUACUCCAAGCCAGACACGGGUCUGAAGCUGCUGGCAUCAGCGAGCCGGGACCGGCUCAUCCACGUCCUAGAUGCUGGCCGCGAGUACAGCCUGCAGCAGACGUUGGACGAACACUCCUCCUCCAUCACCGCCGUCAAGUUCGCAGCCAGCGAUGGGCAAGUCCGCAUGAUCAGCUGUGGAGCAGACAAGAGCAUUUACUUCCGCACGGCACAGAAGUCUGGAGACGGAGUCCAGUUUACACGGACACACCACGUGGUACGGAAGACGACCCUCUAUGACAUGGAUGUGGAGCCCAGCUGGAAGUACACGGCCAUCGGCUGCCAGGACCGAAAUAUUCGGAUCUUUAACAUCAGCAGUGGGAAGCAGAAGAAGCUGUUUAAAGGGUCACAGGGUGAGGACGGCACUCUGAUUAAGGUGCAGACAGACCCCUCAGGGAUCUACAUCGCCACCAGCUGUUCUGACAAGAACCUCUCCAUUUUUGACUUCUCCUCAGGCGAGUGCGUGGCCACCAUGUUCGGCCACUCAGAGAUUGUCACUGGAAUGAAGUUUAGUAAUGACUGCAAACAUCUCAUCUCAGUGUCGGGGGACAGCUGUAUAUUUGUAUGGCGCCUGAGCUCUGAGAUGACCAUCAGCAUGAGGCAGCGUCUGGCUGAGCUGCGCCAGCGUCAGCGAGGGGGCAAGCAGCAAGGGCCGUCUUCUCCCCAGAGGGCUGCAGGACCCAACCGGCACGAGGCCCCAUCGAUGCUGUCUCCUGGACCAGCUCUGUCAUCAGACAGUGACAAGGAGGGAGAAGAUGAGGGCACUGAAGAAGAGGAGCUUCCAGCUCUGCCCAUCCUUGCCAAGGGUACCAAGAAGGAGCCAGCCUCAGUGCCUGGCCCGGCCCUGCCCCGAAGCCUGUCCCAUUGGGAGAUGAGUCGGGCGCAGGAGACGGCGGAGUUCCUGGCCCCAGCCCCUGCAGCCAACCAAGGACCCAGGAGAAGGAGCCGCUGGGCCCAGCCAGGUGUGGAGCUGAGUGUCCGCUCCAUGCUGGACCUGCGGCAGCUGGAGACGCUGGCCCCGAGCCCUCGCGGUGCUAGCCAAGACUUGCUGGCCAUGACCCCAUCCUGCCCUGGCAAGCAUGGUCAGCAGGCCCCUGAGACCUCACGUGCUAGCCAGAAUGAAAAGCCCCCUCGGCCUCAGGCUUCCCAACCCUGUUCCUGUCCCCACAUUAUUCGGUUGUUGUCCCAAGAGGAAGGGGUCUUUGCCCAAGAUCUGGAGGCUGCACCCAUCGAAGAUGGUAUUGUCUACCCGGAGCCGAGUGACAGCCCCACCCUGGAUACCAGUGAGUUCCAGGUGCAGGCUCCAGUCCGAGGGACCCUGGGAAGAGUAUAUCCAGGCAGCAGAGGCCCUGAGAAGCACAGUCCUGACAGCGCCUGCUCUGUAGAUGACACUAGCAGCCGCCUCUCCAGCCCUGAGCACCCCAAUGGAGACUCGGAGAGCACGGAGCCCCUGAGUGUGGAUGGCAUUUCCUCAGACCUUGAAGAGCCCGCCGAGGGCGAUGAGGAAGAGGAGGAAGAAGAGGGAGGCACUGGCUCCUAUGGGCUGCAGGAAGGCAGUCCCCAUACCCCAGACCAGGAGCAGUUUCUCAAACAGCACUUUGAGACUCUGGCCCAUGGGGCUGCUCCAGGGGCCCCAGUCCGGGUACCAGAGAGGACAGAGUCUCAGAGCAUCUCUUCACGAUUCCUGUUGCAAGUGCAGACGGCCCCGCUCAGGGAACUGUCUCCAUCCUCCUCAAGCCUGGCGCUGACAGCGAGAACAGCCCAGGUGCUGGCAGCUUCAGGUGAGCCCCUGAGAGGCAGCGGUGCCAGUCCUCCAGGAGCGCCCCCGGAGGCACAGGCCUCUCCUGGAAAUGCCAGCCCCCAGCAGCCAGUCCCUGUGCUUUUGCCUCGACGCCGCCUCAACCCUGACAGCAGCUGGGCUCCCAAGAAAGUGGCUGCAGCCAGCACCUUAGGUGGACUCCAGAAGGCCCAGUCUGUGCAGAGUCUGGUGCCGCAGGAUGAGGCCGCUCCACCAGGCCCAUUGCUCUCAGGGGAGACCAAUGCCCAGGAGGGCCUGCGCUCCCUGCCGCAUGCUGACGGUUGUCCAUCUUGGCCUCAGUCCUACCAGAACCCCACCACCAGCGCCAUGGCCAAGAUUUCCCGCAGCGUGUCUGUUGGGGAGAAUUUGGGCCUUGCAGUCGAACCUCAGGCUCCUGCUCCCAUUCGAGUCUCACCGCUCAGCAAGCUAGCCUUGCCCAGCCGGGCUCACCUGGUCCUGGACAUCCCAAAGCCACUGCCCGACCGUCCUACCCUGGCCACGUUCUCACCUGUUACCAAGGGCAGGGCCCCUGGUGAGGCAGAACAGCCUGGCUCCCCAAUGGGCCUCACAAAGGCUCACAGUACAUCUGAGCGGCGGGGCUGUUUGGGGGAGGGUGGCCCUCCCAAGCCUAGGACAGAGUGCCCAGCUCCACCUAGGCCCAAGAGGCCCUGUGCCCAGCAGCUGCCGGUCAGCAGCCUCCUCCGAGGCCCUGAGGACUUGCAGCUCCCACCCCCCGAGAAGACCCCCAGCCCCGGGGAAUGCACCAGGCCAGGGGCAGCCCUGAGCCAGGACUCAGAACCGGUAGUGAGCCUGGAGGAGUGCGAACAGCUUGUGGCAGAGCUCCAGGGCAAUGUGCGCCAGGCUGUGCGGCUCUACCACUUGGUGGCUGGCUGCAAGACGCCUUCAGUGGAGCAAAGUCGCAUCACCCAGCUCCUCAGAAGCACCUUCUCUUCAGUGCGGCAGGAGCUCGAGGCUCUGGCCGGGGCAGUGUUGUGCAGCCCGGGCGGGAGCCCCGGGGCUGUGGGGGCUGAGCAGACACAGGCCCUCCUAGAGCAAUACUCAGAGCUGCUGCUUCGGGCGGUGGAGCGGCGCAUGGAACGCAGACUCUAGUUCCAGAAUCCCGUUCCAAGUGAAUGCCCCCCGUUCCAGACUGUAGCCCCUGCUCCACUCCCCAAAACCUGGAGGGGAUGCUUGGAGUGGAUAGCAGGGAUCAGUGCUCAGAGGGGAAGCAGCUUUCCCAGCUACUCCUCAUGGGGCCCCCGUAUUUAUUAAUUUAUUUCCCUGACUGUUGCCUCACUUUCUUGGAACUCCUGCCUCCACAGCCCCUUCAGUGGCUCACGCAGGGUAUAGGUCUUGGAUCUUCGUCAUCUUGGUGCUGUGAGGAGUCGGAGGGCAGCCUGCCCCAUCUGGGGGAAGUUGCGAAGGGCUGGCCCUCUCUUCUUAGAAGCCAUUUGAAAUUACUGCAGGGAUCAGCUCCCUGGGGGGGAGCACACACAGGGUAUUAGGUGGGGUGGAAGUGAGAGGCCGUGUGGUAUCAGUGCCCUUCAACCAACAGCGGGAGCUUCACCUCUACCUCCACUUCCCCUCCCACACCAGCUGCACUCCCCUGGCUGCCAGAGCCGGGGCUGUUUUCCCCAGUUCCUGGCAGUUCCCAAAGGCAAAGCCCUCUAGCCCUCCAGGCAUUCCCAGCCAUCAGGAGGCUGGAGUUGGUAUCAAGGCCUGAGUCCCCCACAUUCCACUCCCAUUGCCCCCUCUAAGAGAGCCCUAGCAUUCUCUCUCUCCCUCUGUCCCCCUUUUUCUCCUGGCCAGAACUUGUGGAGACAGCUGUGGGAUGUUGCUGCAGGACAGUAAAGCCCUCUGCUGGGCAAACAUAGAGCCCUGACCUCCUUUUCCCAGCCCCUUGGUCUUCCCUGUCUUCCCAACCCUGAUCUCCAGCAGGCUGCUAGACCCAGAGGCCACCUUUUCCUUGCAUCCUGAGUGAUGCCAGUGUUAGAACUUCCCUCAUGGUUUACAGGGCACCAGCCCACCUUCUAAGGCCCUUGGCCACAGACGAAGACGGAGUCUAUACACACACACACACACAGAGUUGAGUGUUCAUUUCUAGAGUACUUGGCUGGCUGACAUGUGCCUGGUUUCCCUUCAUGUGCUACUCCUGCUUUACCACCCUGGCUCAUGUGGAACCAUUAGGGAGCACGAAAAGGACUGGGACACACUAACCCAAAUUCUGAAUUUUUGGUGUCCACAACCUAGCCAGUAUGAGAUGGCUCAUAGGUUUCUGGUUUGGGUGGAAGGAGCCUCCUCAAAGGCAGUGCUGGGCACCCAGGACGCCCUGGGGACUGGAAGUUGAGGGGAGGCAGAGGCACGUGGGACUGCAGAAUGGGCCAAGAGACACACUGGAAAGGUGGUAGGUGGGACAGGUAAGUGCUAGAGGGGAGGGGUAGAUUAGAAUCAGAAGGGCAGCUGUUAGGAGUGAGGGGAAGGAUAUAGGGCACAGCAGGCAGGUAGAUUAGGACCAAGUAGUGAGGCUGUUGUUGAGUUGGGGUGAAGAGCACGUGUCUCUGGGCCCUACUGCUUCCCUCUGCCUUAGGUAUGUCAGGGUAGCUUUCCUGAAGAUUCAGGUCAGGAAAACCUGUGCUCCCAUGGAGAGGCCAUGGGGUCCUGCUGGUUCUCUAGGCAGAAACUUAGAAAGGAACUGGUUUCCGUAGAGUGCUCAGCUCCUGUUUGCAUCAGCGGGAGUGCACCAGAACAGAUGAAGCCUAUUUUCUCCCGCCCCACUCUUCGUAGUACCACCACCUGCACAGCCAAAGUGCAGAGAACCGCAGCCAAAGAACCGCACCCCAGCGGGGCUGCUUCUGCCCUGUGGGGUUUAGAAGUCUACUCCACUCCCCCUACCGGCACACUAGCCACAGCCCAGACCAAACAGGGCUCAGGCCUGGCCCUCUGGCCUGGGUUCCUCUUGAUCCUCAGCCAGCCAGCCCCUCGCUUGAGAGAACUACACUCCCGCUAAGGUUUGUGAGAAGGUGGCCGCCCUUUCCCUACCCCGAGCCGAGCGUCGGGUGGGAGAGAGGGUCUUGCGGUCGGCCGGCGCCCGUCCCCUUCUGCAUGUCUGAGGCCACCGGCAACUGCCGCCCCCCACCCGACCAGAUUUGCCCUGACCCAGUUUUGAAACCUCCACCCCCUUAUUUAUAACUUUUAUAUUUUGUUCAGACCGUGGCUCUUCCCUCUUCCCCAGGUCUCACAGGGCAGGGGCUGUUUUUAACUCGUCCGUUUGUACUGAUGUAUGAACUCGUCAAUAAACACAAUCAUUUGUUAACUCCA